AUCCGUUUCAGGAAUUGACGGUGAAAGCGGCGGCCUACUUUCAGGAGGAGAGGAAGUAAUGCAUUUCCAAUGGGGGACCUCAGUGCUCGAUCUGUCCAUUAUUUUUACAGUCUAUGGUCCUGAAUCACAGGUUAUUAUUGUUGAAUCCACUCAUAGGGAUUAUUGUCACUUUUACUUUGGAUUCACUUUGUGUUUUCUGGAUUCUUAUCAAAUUGAAUGGCGCUAAAACUAUUGGGAGAAAAUGUGUUAUUUGAAACCGCUGCUCAUGUUAUACUUGCUGUAAAAAUCUCAGACAGAGUUUAGAGAAGCUUUAGGGUGGAAAAGAAACACAUAUGGGGUAAGAAACAUAUUCAUAAAGAGUAUGUUGUAUUCAUAAAGAGAAAUUUGUAUUCAGAAAUACAAAGCUGUGUACACAUUUAUAUUUUGUGCACAAUUUUGCAGCAAAAACAUGAAUACAAUAUCUAGUUUUACGUUUAACAUUUCUCUUUUGAAUACGACUUUUCUUUGUCUUAAAUACGAAAUUCUCUUAUUAACAAACUGUCAAAAAUAUCUCACAUGGGUCACAGGCUGAUACAUCGAGUCCUGAAACAUCGAUUGAUCAAACUGUGCAUAUUUGUUCAGACAUGAAGCUCCACUCAUAAGGGCUUUAAAAAGACCAUUUUCCUGCCAUGUAGUUCGAUAAAUGAGCCUCAAUGCUCACGCUCUCUCAGUUGGAUCGACGUUUCAGGACUCGAUGUAUCAGCCUGUGACUUAUUUUUGACAGUUUCUUUUUAAAUGCCAUCUACCCCUGAGGUACAGUAUUGACUCAGAUUGGUUCUGUGAAUAAAUCUGUUAAGAAAAAAACAAAUUCCCCAUCAGAGAAGCUGUAGAACGGAACAGCAACCGUGUUCUCCCUCUCUCUGUAAUCUGGUACAAAAUUGAAAGUGGAAUAUUGCUCAGAAUAGAACAACAUUACAUAAAUUCACUGGUGCUUUGACAUGACUUAAAUGCAUCUUUCAAUAACGCUUUGGACAGUUUGAUGCCAGGUGUUAUGCUCACUUAUAAACCCGUAUUUGAAGGAUUUACAGUUUUGCAGCUUUAGCUCUUUCUAAGUGAUAACUAUAGGACUGGAGAGUCUGAACUGGGAAAGCAACUUAUUUUUGUUGACUAAUACCAGAGACAGCUGCUGCCAAAAGUGAUGAUUAUGGGAUUGAGUAAACUUACAGUACAAACAAGCAAUUAUUUGAAAACUAUAUAAGGCAGGUUGAUAGUUAGUCUGGUUGUGUGACAGUCUGGGAGGCGCUGUCAGAAUAUGGCUUCAGAAAAGACUCACAGGAGUGCAGGUCAGCAGAGCAGCUUUCUGCUGCGAGCCUGGCUGCUGCUCAUGCUGCUCUGCAGCCCAGAACACGUGCUGGCUGACUCGGAUGAGGCAGUCCUGACGGAGUGGGAGAUCUGGAAAAGCAUCAACGGCAUCAAAUAUGAUGAAAGGGAUGAUGUGCAGAGGAGAGUUAUCUGGGAGGAGAAUCAGAAGAUGAUCAGGGAUCACAACCAAGGCUUUCUCAUGGGGAGGAGGCCUUUCUCUAUGGGCAUGAAUAAAUAUGGAGACUUGACAGGGCAGGAGUACAGAGUUCUGCAGGGCGCCAUGAUGAACGCCCAGUUCAUAAAGAGAGGAAAGGAAGUCUCUGCCCGCCGACUGCGUUACAAUGCGAGGAAAUCAGAGGCUGCGUUUGUUGACUAUAGGAACACGGGCUACGUCACUGAAGUCAAAGAUCAGGGUUACUGUGGUUCUUGUUGGGCUUUCAGCACAACAGGAGCGAUAGAAGGACAAAUCGUCAAGAAGACAGGUCAGCUUUUAUCUCUGAGUGAACAAAACCUGGUGGACUGUUCAAGACCUUAUGGCACCCAUGGGUGCAGUGGUGCCUGGAUGGCCAAUGCCUAUGACUACGUGCUCAGCAACGGGCUGCAGACCACAGACACCUACCCGUAUACCUCAGUGGACACACAGCCUUGUUUCUAUGACAGCAGGCUUGCUGUGGCUCACAUCAAAGACUACAGAUUCAUCCCGCAGGGAGAUGAACAGGCUCUGGCUGAUGCCGUGGCAACUGUUGGCCCGAUCACCGUGGCGAUUGAUGCUGAUCAUGCAAGUUUCCUGUUCUACAGCUCAGGAAUUUACGAUGAGCCCAACUGCGACCCCAACCGCCUGAGUCACGCAGUCCUGCUGGUUGGUUAUGGCUCAGAAGAAGGUCAAGACUACUGGAUCAUUAAAAACAGUUGGGGAAGCAGCUGGGGUGAAGGCGGCUACAUGCGACUGAUCCGGAAUGGAAGCAACACUUGUGGCAUUGCUAGCUAUGCUUUGUAUCCAAUAUUGUGAUUAUAAUUAAACACAAAUGCUUUUUACUGGUGAAUUCCUUUACAAGAGUUGAGCUCCUCAAGAUGUUGUUCAUGCCAACAGCAAACUCAUGCUUGAGCAAAGAUUCCCCCUUUUUUAGAGAUACAGAGCACACCUCCAAAGGGUAAACCUUCAAAUGUACAGAUUUUUAGAGACAUAAGGAAAAACAACUUAUUUGGGGGAGUUCGCCCCCCCUUUAGCUCCUUCGACACAUUUUAAUUUCAUUAGUGGAUGUGGCAUGUCUCUAACCAGUUUGGUUUUUUUCUUUUCAUCUGGACCCUGUUGCAUGGGUAUUUUCAGUAU